CUACAAUAUUGCCUCCCCAAUAGACUAAACCCUAAAUUGACGCCUUUACAUCACCGCCUUCCGCCGCUGCACUCACCGAUCUGCCUCGCUGCUCCCAUUCCCAUCUCUCCCUCUUACCGCCUCACCCACGUUGCCUCCGCCGCGCACCACAUCCUCUUCUCUCCCCUUUACCGGCCUACCUGCCUCACUGCAUUGCUGCCCGCCUACCUGCUUCGUCCGCUUAGUUGUGAUGCGUGGCGGAAUUUCUGGAUUUGCUUCGAAUCAUCUUUCCAUAGGAUUUAAGCAGUCCCGCGUAGCGAGGGUUUUGUGGCUGAAUUGAAAUUGGAAGGCUCUGCAAUGGCGUCAGCAUCUUCAUCGUCGUCGGGGCCUGAGAUCCCAUGGGUGGAGAAGUUUCGCCCCACUAAGGUGUCUGAUAUCGUCGGCAAUCAAGACGCCGUCGCCCGCCUCCAAGUCAUCGCCCGCGAUGGCAACAUGCCCAAUCUCAUUUUGGCUGGUCCUCCUGGAACUGGUAAGACUACUAGCAUAUUGGCUCUUGCUCAUGAGCUCCUCGGGCCAAAUUAUAGAGAGGCGGUCUUGGAGCUAAACGCAUCAGACGAUAGAGGAAUUGAUGUUGUGAGAAACAAAAUAAAGAUGUUUGCCCAGAAGAAAGUUACAUUGCCCCCUGGAAGGCACAAGAUUAUAAUUUUGGACGAAGCUGACAGCAUGACUUCAGGAGCUCAACAAGCUUUGAGAAGGACGAUGGAAAUAUAUUCUAAUUCUACACGUUUUGGGCUAGCUUGCAACACUUCAUCAAAGAUUAUUGAGCCUAUUCAGAGUCGAUGUGCUCUUGUUCGAUUUUCUAGAUUAUCCGAUCAAGAGAUCCUUGGACGUCUCAUGGUGGUGGUUGCAGCAGAAAAGGUACCUUAUGUUCCAGAAGGUCUUGAAGCAAUUAUUUUCACUGCUGAUGGUGAUAUGAGGCAAGCAUUGAACAACUUGCAAGCCACAAAUAGUGGAUUUGGGUUUGUUAAUCAAGAAAAUGUUUUCAAGGUUUGUGAUCAGCCCCAUCCCUUGCAUGUCAAAAAUAUGGUACGCCAAGUGAUUGAUGGGAAAUUCGACGAUGCUUGUGCUGGAUUGAAGCAGCUCUAUGAUUUGGGCUAUUCACCAACUGAUAUCAUUACCACUCUAUUCCGAAUCAUAAAGAACUAUGAUAUGCCUGAGUAUCUGAAGUUGGAAUUUAUGAAGGAGACAGGAUUUGCUCAUAUGAGGAUCUGUGAUGGAGUUGGUUCAUAUCUUCAAAUGUCUGGUUUGCUCGCGAAGCUUGCAUUGGCCCGCGAAACAGCCAAGGCAGCUUAGUUAGUUGCUAGUUGGGUGCGUGUCAUCCUUCCCCAAUUGAAUUCUUACCAAUUUCUGUGUCACUGUAGAUUCUGAGAUGUGCUUAUCGAAACACUUGUGUAUUGUAUCCUUGUGCAAGUUUGGGCACAAUGCCAGUAACUUUUGCUGAAGUAAAAUGUUUACCUUGUACUCUUGUAGUGAUGGGGAGGAGAGUUGUAUGGUCGCUGGAAAUAUGUUUUGAGAUGAUUAGGAUGUUUCCCCAUAUUGGAGCUUUAAAAUGUGGUACUCAUAA